AUGGCAAGGGGGGGGGCCGCCGGCAUUGACGGGAGACCUUUGGCGCGGACGAAUCGGCCGAGUCCCUUCGGCGUAGUGCCAUGCUUCUGCCUCGUGAGGAGACGGCAACGGCAAUCGGGCACCAGGGAUAGUUUGAAUUCCCCAGGAGAGGGCAUGGAUGGAUGGAUGAUGGGCGGAUGA